AUGGGAUGCUAGAAUACAAAAGAUGAUAAAAAAUCAAUGAAUGUACUCUAGAGAUGGAAUACUCUCAAGUUUCAAGAGCCUGCUGAGGGAGUCUUUGAAAAUGAUUUUGAGCUACUUCUCUUUAAAACAAUGAAUCUCAUUCGUUAGGAUCCUUAGUGGGCAAUUCCAUUCAUAAAAAAUGUGCGGUAACAUAAGCAUUACACAGGAGCUAACAUCGAUCUUGUUAUUCAAAUUUUGAAGAAGUAAAAGCCCCUACCUCUCUUAGAAAUAAGUUAGCAUGCUACUAAUGUUUGUCGUAAGGUAAAUGAAGACAUGAAGAAUUCGUCAAUGCCAGUUUAUUAUACACUGAAAAAGUAGUACUAAAGAAUGUAUGUCAAAGAUAAUGAGUCAUCUCUAAGCGGAUCAAUCAUACCUUCCCCUAACUCUAAACACCAUUCCAAGUCUAUUGCAUUUUCAGAAUUAUCUCCAACAUUUGGUUCUCCUCAAAAAAAGGAAAGACUUCUAUUAUCACAGCUUAAUAUAACUGAAGUCAAUUUCAUGCCAAUGAGCACUGAAAUAGUGAACAUGACAACAGAAGCUACGACGAAUCUAAAUUAAACAAUAAACAGGCUCGAAGAACCUGUUUAUGAAUAUACAGAAAUUGGAUGGGAAGGUUCAGCUGAUGAACUAGUUUUAUUCAUUCUCAUUGGAGGAUGCUAGUGUAGUGGAGGAGAUGAACCUUUUCCAUUGAUAGAUGAGAAAGUUACUCGCAUCGGGUUAUCCUUUAAGGGACAUAAGUCUCUUAAAAGCUCCUUGCAAUUAUUAUACUUAGAGGGACCAAGUUAAUUUAGUGGUAAUCCCUACUCUUAACAUCUAAUUUAAAGCAAAGCAGGAUAUUAGCCUGCUACUAUUAGUAAUAACGUUUGA